AUGUCGCCGCAAAGUAAAACCAAUAAGCCGUUAAAUGUUGCUGUUAUUGGAAGUGGCUUAGCCGGGAUUAGUGCAGCUUGGUUUCUUACUCGAUGUGGUCAUAACGUGCAUUUAUACGAAAGGCAUAAAUUAUUAGGACUUGGAGCUCAUUCUGUUCAAGUUGGUUCGGUUGGUGAUGUCGUGGAUGUACCGGCUAGAACAUUUGUAGCAGGCUACUACCCAGAAAUGGUUGCCCUAUGUCGAGAAGCAGGUGUGCAGACACAUCGUAUUGUUGCAGAGCCGUCCUUUCAGGUUUUUGGUGAAAAGAACUAUUUCGCAUUUAGAAACUUUCUCAUUGGAGCAUACGCCUUACCAUUCUUAAAAAUAACUGACGCCAUCAAAAAUUGGAAAUUCACAUGGAAUAUCCUGUAUGACAUGUGGCGAUUUAGAAAUGAAAGUUUAAGGGUGCAAGCCUCUGAACUGUUAAAACAGAAAUAUCUGACCGUUAGCGUUCAGGAAUACUUAGAUCAAGAAGGUUAUAGCAAAGAAUUUGGCCAUAACUUUCUUCUUCCUCUUUUUGGCGUUGUUGCUACGUGCUCAAUACAAGCUGUACAAAAUUAUCCUGCUGCUGUUGUCAUGGAAUUUUUAUCAAAAGUAUUACUAACUGGCAAAACAUAUUCCAAAUUCACUGCGGGAUGUCGCAAAGUCUCCGAAGAUCUUGUUAAGGACGUCAAUGCGGUUUAUAGGGAUACAACAGUAGAAUACGUGAAGCCUGUGGUUCAAAAGGAUGGAAGUGUCAAUGAAGUGGCCGUAAAAAUAAAGGGUCAACCACGUCGAAUUUACGAUCAUGUUAUCUUAUCUACUCAGGCUAAUCAGGCUUUGAAAAUCUUAGUUGAUGCAACUGAUGAUCAGAAAGAGGUUUUGUCGGGCUUUGAGUACGAGUAUAAUGAAUGUAUAGUACAUACGGAUUCUUCGUUAAUGCCUAAAGAUAGGAAAGAUUGGUCACCGUUGAGCAUCUAUAUUAAGCCGGAUAAUUAUCAAGAGGACGAUGAAAAGAGUAAGCGAACGACAAUCAUGUUUACUAUGUGGCAGAAUACGGUGCAAAAGUUUCAUGAUCACAAUUUUACGCAAGACUCCGAUGAAAAGACGAUCGAUUACGGCGAUCUAUUCCAAACUUGGAAUCCGUGGACUCAACCAGAUCCAGCAACUAUCGUGCCUGGUGGACGAAAACAAUUGGAAAGAUCUACAGUAACGGUUCAAACGCCAAAAUAUUGGGAAAUGGUAAAAAAGAUUCAGGGACAAAAUAAUAUUUGGUUUUGUGGAGCGUACACUUUGCCUGGUGUCCCACUGCUUGAAAAUGCUGUAAAUAGUGGUUUAAAUGUAGCUGAAAAAUUGACCAACGAAGUUCGGCCAUGGCGUUCUGGCGGUUAUAAUCCACAGAUUCAACAAGUAUCAGUCCCUUUCAAGCAUAAUUGUAUCACUAACUUGCUGAUGGCUCUGCUUAUGUUGACUAUCGCUUAUCUUGUCGCUAUUCGAAUGUUAGAAUAA